AUGGAAGAUUCUCUUGCAUCCAAGUCAAUGACGUUAGAGGAGACAUUGUACCUGUUCCGCCACAUAUUUCUCCCACCAGAGGUUCCCCAGGCAGAAGAUUACAAUGUGCAACAAGAACAUCGUCUCCUCGAGAGCGUCGUUGAUGCUCUCCGCAGUUUCAGCGAUUACGUUCCAACCGCAGAUACUACUAUCGUACGUAAGGCCACUGUGAUGGUUUCUCGCCUAAGAAAAGCAUACAGCCCUCAUGGGGAUGUUGAUGAAAAGCAGCUCGAGAUGAGUCUGGCAGAGCUACCUAUUCGGGGUAAGCAUUGCAACACGCAAAUCAUUGUGCUCAUUUCUAACCAGGCCGUAGGCGGAUUCCUCCCAAUUCACGUUCGCGAGCAAAACGCAGGAAUCUUCCUAUACUGGCAUAACGAUGCGAUACACAUCGAAUCUUUUGAGUUGUCAGCUCGCAAUGAAGCCGUUACAACAACAGUGGGACGGCUGCGCCGUGAUUUCCCGGGUCCGACUAUGGUUAUGAAUAGGGCAACUUUCGAGGAACCCGGAUUCCGAGCGUUCAUGGCGCAAACGAUUUCCAGAAUGAGUCACCAGCCCGUUGCUGGAACCAAGCCAAGAGUCAAGAAGGCUGGACAGGAGCACGAUGAGACCAGGGACACCACGCAUCCCAAAAUGGUGACAGAGCUUCUCAUGUCGACUCUUCGUCCUCGAUGCACCGACAUCGCGUCUGUACAGAUUCAGAAGAACACUCGCGAGGAAGUAAUGUGGCGUGAUUGCCAAUCGCCGUGGCGCCGAUCUGCAUUAUGGCUCCUGGUGCGCGUGACACUGCAGCUAGUGUUUCGCAGGCUGUCUACAGAAGGGAGCUUGGACGAUCUGUACAAACAAUUCAUGGUCUUCUUCAUGACCUCGAUAGUUGACAGGGCUUCAAUUGCAAUACCCUCCGAGAGUCUCUUUCUUAUGAAUGCCAAGAUCGUUCGCAGACUGCUGAAGCUUGACUUGGCAGUUGUGCCUGCCUGGUUCACCUCAGUUCAGGAAAUCUUGAGUCGUACAAGCAGCGCAGUUCAAAGCCAGUGGACGCAUAUUAGGAGCAAAAAUAGCCACAGUGUCGACAUGCCACUGCUGCGUGAUUUAAAUUUCCGUCAAGAUAUUCAAUGUGCGCUCCCCUGCCUUGACCGCUACAUCGAGAGCAUAGAAAAUCGAAGCAACAAACGCCCGUGCAGAGAAAGUUUCCAGCCGCAAUCGAAGUUGAUCAAAUACCAACGAACAGAGCUUCCAAAUCACCUCGAUUCACACGAUUCUGAUUACCAAGCGUACAACCUUGCUGCCUUUGAGGAUUGGGUUGCUUCGGGUCUCAAUGCAUGGCUGGAAAUUCACCAGGGCGAGGAGGCAGCCUGUGGUCAACUCGGUGCUUUGAUGACUCGAUACUUCGAGAAAGCGUCUUCGUCGUAUUCAGACAACCCCGAAGCUACAUCAGUCAUGCUUCUUACGCUCUUAGAGUUGUGGAUUGCCUGCGACAAAUCCGCGAUUCACCUACAUGAGACCCUGAGAGACUAUGACGCAUGCAUACCAGUUGACUGCUUUCAAUCACUUUUGCUGCCUUUUCGAUCGCACAUGGAGAGGCUGGCGUGUGCUGAAAAGUAUCUGAGUCGACGUCAGGCUCGCCUUCGCUACCAUGGCCCGAACAUUUUCCAGGAAUUCGGGACUUCCUCCUGCUUCGCUGUUCGAUACUUCGAGCAGUCUCACAAACAUCAGCAAUUGCUUGCAGCCAUCGAAGAAAAUGCCACUCAGGAGAGGACGAAGAAAAAGGUCGAGCUUUGGGAAAAGCAGCAACGUUACCGGGAAUUGAUGGCAUUAUCUUCUAAGACACCAUGUGAAUCUGUCGAAAUCAUUGUGGAUAAGAGACUUGGGCUUCGGGAUAGAGUCCACCACAGUGAUUGCCCCCGAGAACGUUAUCAGAGGCAGGCCGAGUCGAUUGACAUCAGCAUACAUGAGUGGCCUCUGCCGACCAAUUGUUCAAGGGCCAAAGCCACUGUCUUCGAACUUCGAGUACCCGAGCCCUUUGGAAGCUGGCGUGACACCACGCUGUUUUUCCUGCAUCGGUGUUUGAAUAUGAAGUACGCGGUGGAAGAACGGCCCAGAGCAGAGCAUCGUCCACACACAUAUCGAGGUCUCUCUUCGUUCUUCAGCAACCACGGGCGUAACCAGCGGAUCAGUCUUCUUUCUCAGAAUAAGCCUCACGAGAGAACUCAUCGACGCGACAGGUUAAUUCUCAAUGUGACGGAAAAUGAUGUCUGCCUCAACAAUGGACUUCACUUUCAAUACUUUGACAAUGUUCUCGGAUGUUUUGUGAGCGGCUUUGACUGGACUCAUCAAACAGAGACUUCCUGCACCUAUAGGUUCCCCGCACACAGUUCAGCGCUGCAGCAAUUUCUGUUUCGACCUGCCAUGAAUCCACAUGGCCCGUCACCAAAUACUGUCAUUGCGACACAGUGCGAUGCCCCUGCUGACAUGUCACUGGAAGAAUACAAAGCCCUUGCAACCAUGCCCCUUGGACUGGAGAUCCAAUGGCAAAAUAUCCUGCUGGAACUGUCAAUGCCAUCGGUGGACAUGAAAAAAAUCGAAACCACAAUCUUUGUGCUCCAGAUAAUCAAUCAAGCGGGCCCAUCCAAAACAGGCACGACAUUGAGACAAGGACAUGCGAUUUUGUGCGACGAGGUAUUCACAGUCGAGGUACUCUCGCGAAUUGAAGAGACAAUGGAGAGGAUCCAGCAAAAUUGGGAGACCAUACAUGGGAUCAAUAGUCUCAUUCGGCUGGUUUUGAGGAUUUUGUCUUUGUCUCCUUCUCAGAAAGUCUGUGCGAUGUGCCUUCAGUGUCUAAACAACCUCCGCCGAUCUGCUUUCCACUGGGUCAAUCUUGUCAGAACGAAAGCUAGUGAGGCUAUUGAUGAUACACAGAAAACCAAUUUAAUUGCAAAGAGCGUUCAUAUCGCUUUGGUCUGCACAGAGACAUUCAAUGCAGAAACCAUUGCCCCUAUGUUCGCCAUCUCGGCAGAUGUUUCGAUCUUUCUGCAGUGCUGUUCAGUCAUUUGGAACGGGAGGAACUCUCUAACAACAGAAUCAGGUUCAUUGCUUCAAAUUCUGUACCAUCGGUGGCAAGUUCUGUGUUAUCGCAGCCAUGUUAUUCUCGCAGAGCGUAUCGUUGAAUGCAAGAACCCAGGACUAGACCUGGCCAUUGACGCAGCCUGGGCAGCCUAUGACAAGACCUCUAAGUGGUCCAGGGAGUCAAACGACGUGACAUAUUGGUUGUUUACUCGGUUUGCCGGCCAGUCCGGGUCUAGCGAAGACAUGUUGUUGCACUACAACCUCUUGACUGGAGAGCUCCUUGUGGAUGGCCUCCCGCUUGCACGUUUGCCUUCUGAGUAUGAAUCUCAUCCAACAUAUCGCAGCUUAUUUGGGAAAUCUCAAUUGGACGUAAUGCCCAGCAACACACCGGGGAUGCAAUUUUCGUGUCAAAAGCAGUAUUCGGGCUACACGGUACACCUCGGAAAAGAGACCGUGCCAGAGUCCACUGAUUCCGACAUGUCAGUCAAAGCGGUGAAGGGUGGGGAGCAAGUCUGGCAACUGGUUCCGUCUAGACUUUUUGCUGGAGUUUUUCCAGAUGAGUUUGUGGAAGGCUAUGCGCACUGGUAUUCGGUCUUAGGGGACCUGGUGGAAUUCCGACCCUUGAAAGCGCCAUGGCUGUCAUCCAGUCAAAACUGGCAGCUCCAGAGAAGCUCUUGUCAAGCUUCCUGGAGCCUCAAGAGGAACGGAACAAUUUUGGUCAGCACCAUGUGCCAAACGGCCCAAGUAAUAUCCAAUGUUUUUCAGCCGAUUGAAAAGGCUUUGAAAGUGCAUUGUAUUUUCCACGAGGCCUCUUCAAAUCUACAUGUUGAGCUACCGCGCCUUCGAUUGGAAUUUAUCCUCAAGUCACAGUCUUCUGCAAUCCAAUCUCGACAAUAUCCUGGCAUGUCAGUCGAUAGUAACCAAGUCUUUGACUCAUUGAUUGGGCUACGCAACACGCUUCUGCUCACGAACCGUGACUCUUACGAUCAAGUGGUCCUCAUACCUGAAGGAGCUUUAUCUUGGGCCAGAGAUGGCAACCACGUUCGUGUCGAGAUCGGUUGGCAACCUGCGACCACCAUCCAUGCGUAUCCCAUCGAUCGCCAGCUCGGACGGCUUUUGGACAAUGGAAGCCUACAGAGCAAGCUAUAUCUCACGUACUUGCAUGCUCUUACGUCUUUCUGCCUGCCAGAUCCACUCACCAAGAAGACCGGUACCGAGCAGGCUCUGUCUAUACUUCGGUCCGCGUCCCUGAGGUCUUUUGAUCGCCUGCAGACAGAACACAUUGAACUCCUCAAGAGCAUCGCAUCUCUCACUCCUGCCAGAAGAUUCUAUCCUGAUAAUGAGCAAGUGAUGCAGAGCAUCCACUGGCGGCAAGGUCUAGGCUGCCUCUCUCAGCACCAUGGCUUUCGCGAGGAAGUCGCAGAUAUACUGGACCAAAACCGUCGCAUGAGCAUUUUCCAACUCGGGACAGAGCUUAAUCACCCGUCACUUCCACAUGUGGAGCAAGCACUGUUUUUGCGGGAGCGAAUCCGCACAUCUUCAUUCCGCGCCCCAGGAUUCGGCGCCGACGAUCAUACGCAGAAGCACGACAGCAUGUACAACAGUCUCGACAAGAAUCGGAUAUCUUGCGCAGCGUCUCGAAGCUUUGCCGUUUGCAAGAUGCUUUACAAAGGGAUCCCUUCUGUCCGCAAACUUCAAUCCGAACAGUUGACCUCGCAUCUUUGGCAAUUCCUCUCUUUACCCACCGGGGUUCGUGGCCCUCAUACUCCAUUGGACACGAAAAGGUUGAGGUACGAUGCUGAGUGGAUACUAGAGUCAAGAGAGUUUCUUGUCAGUAAUUGGUGCAGCAUACACCACCUCGCGUGCUCACAAACCCGCCGCCUCGGCAAAUUCCAGCUCAUGAUCUGGCUUGCAGCCCUUGCUUUCUCCAAUGAAGCUAAUAUGAUUGCCCUUGAGACCAUUGUUUCACUUUUUGUGAUUCGUGACCUGGCUUCAAUCCAUCUGCCAACCAGUGCGUUGUUUUUGCCAAAAGAGGGAGUUGAGAUGAUUAAAACUUCAAUUCGCCGUCAAAUCGAGUCGGAACAGCGUAAAGUCACUCCAGAGUCAAAACUUGCGCCCGAAACGAAUGAGACAUUUCAAAAACUCAUGUCGCGCAGGGAUAGACUCCGGAAUCAAAAUCGGGAAGCCAUUAAGAAAAGUUUGUUGCUACAUUUUGAACGCGAGUGGCCCACCCGAUCACCGUCCUCACUAUUAAAUCCAACAGUGAAUGACUACUUUGAUGCAAAGGAGAUGAUGAUGAAAGUUUCAAAAUUGUUCAGUAUCUGGUUCGACAAUCGAGAUCUGAAGCGAUACAUCACCGACAUUGCGAAUGUCACUUGCCAUCAACUGAUCGAAGAGGUCGAGAUUCAACCCUACCAGCUACCACAUCCACCUCAAAGUGCACCGAAAAAACGUGGCUUUGUGCUCUUUGAUGACCUACUCGGCCCGCAGCCAAUCAUCGACAUUGAAGAACCGCAAUUAAGGAACCUUGUCUCUACAUCGUCGACAGGACAACCUCCAGCUUCCACAUUGGUGGCGUUGCUAAACUCUUUGGGUAUACAAGCCAAAUCCAAGUACGAGAAAAACUAUGUCGAACAGUUACAAAGCAGUGUUGCUUCGUUGAAAGAUGGCAGACAAGAAAAGCACAUCAAUAUGGCUCAAGGAGAGCUGGAGACAAAUAUUUUGGACUAUCUUGCAUCGUGUCAAGAAUAUGUCGACAGGGUGUAUCGAUCACUUGUGUCUGAGCUCUGUCCUCGUGAGAAGACCACCUGGUCAGGGACGAUCCAUCCUUUCAGGGCAAAGGUAAUCGCAGUAGCCCUGGAACUGCAGCAGUACCCAAGGCUGUCACCAGUCCUUUUUUUGGAGCAACUGUCGCGCCAUCGAUGGGGUCCACUAGACCUAGAUUGGAAAAAAUGUUUCAUUGCUUACGGGUGCUCAAUCACUAAAUUGCAGCGAGCGAAACGACUAGCUCGCCUUCUCAAGCACCCGGACGAACUCCUGAAAGAACUCGAAAAUUCAGGACAUACGAACUGGCAGCCAAUCCGGUUCCCAGAGACUCUUCUGCUUGAGAUAGAGAACGGGAUCCUGAUAAGAGGCAUUCAGGAGGAAAUUGCGGCGACAAUGAGGCACUUUGUCCCGGGAAAGAAUGCCGUCAUGCAAUUGAAUAUGGGCGAGGGGAAAUCUUCAGUUAUUGUUCCUAUGGUGGUAGCAGAUCUUGCGAAUGGAGUUUGUCUGGUUCGCGUUCUUGUGGCCAAGCCGCAAUCACGACAAAUGUUUCAAAUGCUGGUCACGAAGUUGGGUGGUCUCUUGGGUCGGCGUGUGUAUCACAUGCCCAUUGCACGCUCUCUGAAAUUUGGAGAAGCCGAAGCAGAGGAGAUUGAACGCAUGUGUUUAGAGUGUAUGUCGCAGGGCGGUGUCUUGCUCGUCCAACCCGAGCAUAUCCUAUCUUUGAAACUGAUGAGCCUUGAGUGUUUUAUUGCUGGGAAAUGCGCCGUGGGCCGUUCUCUACUUCGCACGUUGCAGUUCUUCCAACACAACUCCCGGGACAUUGUGGACGAAAGUGAUGAAAACUUUAGCGUCAAAUUUGAAUUGAUCUAUACCAUGGGAUCUCAACGCCCCGUCGAACUCAGCCCACGACGGUGGAUUGUGGUACAAGAGCUGUUACAACUGGUUCGAGAUUAUGCUGGUCGCGUCCAAUCCGAAUUCCCCGACUCCAUUGAAGUGAGCGAGCAGCCGCAUGGCGGUUUUCCACGGAUACGUUUGCUCAAACAGGAUGCUGAGAAAGCUUUGGUUCAAUACGUCGGAAGGCACAUAUGUGAGAAUGGUAUUGGGUCUCUGUCAAUCUCGAGGCAGGCUCGGCCCAUUCGAGAUGCCGUCUACACCUACAUUAUGAAAUCUGAGCCUCUGGUGGAGGAAAUCGCGGCGGUGGAGUGCGAGGAUUCCGCAGGAUUUUGGGGAGAUAGCACACGGGCAUCCCUCCUGUUGAUACGGGGUCUGCUCGCUGGGGGCGUUCUAGCCUUUUGCUUGGGUCAAAAACGAUGGCGCGUCAACUAUGGGCCUGAUAGGAGCCGAAAUCCACCGACAAGACUUUGUGUGCCGUAUCGAGCCAAGGAUAGCCCUUCCCUUCGGUCAGAAUUCAGCCAUCCCGAUGUCGUGAUUCUGUUGACAUGUCUGAAUUACUACUAUGCCGGACUUGGCGACGACGAUAUAUUUCUCGCCUUCAAUCAUCUGGUCGGGUCAGACCAAGCGAGUGCAGAGUAUCAAGAGUGGACGAACGAUGCUUCUAGGCUUCCACCCACCUACCAGCAGCUUGUGGGAGUGAAUCUGGAUGACCGGUCUCAUUGUACCGAUCAUGUGUUCCCCGCUCUGCGGUUCUCCAAAGCUACUGUAGACUACUUCUUGACACACGUCGUAUUCCCGAAAGAAAUGAAGGAGUUUCCUGACAAGUUGUCUGCGUCGGGCUGGGAUAUCGGGGAGAUCAAAACACAUCCUACAGUAGGGUUUAGUGGGACGAAUGAUUCACGAGAAACCCUACCACUGAGCGUCUCGCAACUCGACCUGCCGGAGCAAAACCACACGAAUGCGUUGGUGCUGGAAUAUUUGUUGCGGCCAGAAAAUUCCGUGGCCUGCAUUCCACAGCAAGUCCAGCCAUGCAAGUCAGAUGCCGAGAUCAUAUUGGACCUGGUAUUGGAUCUGAAUCCACCGGCUCAGGUGAUUCUUGAUGUGGGCGCACAGAUUCUGGAGCUCAGUAAUCAUGACUUGGCAGCGCACUGGCUAAAACUGCUCCCAAACGAAGGACCAGUCCAAGCGGUGGUAUUUGUAAACGACAAAGACGACAUCUGCGUCCUGGAUCGAACUGGACGUGUUGAACUAUUGCAAAUUUCACCGUUUGCAAGACAGAUGGAAGCAUGCUUUGUUUUCCUGGACGAAGCACAUACCAGAGGAAUCGAUUUGAAGCUCCCGUCUAAUUAUCGUGCGGCGGUCACGCUGGGUCCGGGUAUCACGAAGGACAAAUUGGUUCAAGGUACGAAAUUUGGAUUCUUCAUAUCAGGCAAAGCCAAGACUGACUAUGCUCCAGCGUGCAUGAGAAUGAGAAAAUUGGGCAACGGACAGUCUGUCGUCUUUUGCGUUCCAGAGGAGGUCAAGUCCAAUAUCCUGGCCUUGAGUGGCAAGGACAAGAAUUCUCAGAUCACUGUCGCGGACGUGCUUCUCUGGGCCAUUUCCGAGACGUGGAUUGACAGCCGACACAGUAUUCCCCUUUGGGCGGUCCAGGGUACACGAUUCGAGCGCCAACGGGAAUUGUGGCAAGCUUACCGCCAAAAUGAUUGUCUUGAUCUGACGCCGAGACAAGCCCAGGAAUUUCUCGAGCCCGAAUGCCAAACUCUUGAACAGCGAUACCGACCUGGUCAUCAAGCGCGGCCGUUAUUUAACUGUCCUUCAGAUACUAGCCCGAAUCUAAAUUUGAUUUGGAGGCGCUGCCGCAAGUUUGAAGGUCUCGACACUUCGUCCUCCCUUCAAGAGGAACAGGAGCGCGAGCUCGCACCAGAGGUUGAAAGUGAGCGCCAGGUUCAGAGGCCUCCAAGUGCUACACCCGAAACGCACCAUAUCCAUCCACACAUAUCUUCAUUUGUCACUACAGGCAUUCUUGUGAGGUCUUCCGAGGCCUAUGAGCCAGCAUAUCUCACGCUGCGCAAUACCUCCGCCGCCUGCUUUCUGGACGUAUCUCAAUUCCCAUCCAGUCUACUGGCUUCCAACGACUUCGUUAGAACCAUCAAGACUUCCCCGGGCUCGCACUUUGUUGCUGAUGCUUUCCAACGUCCUGUCAGAUGGGUCCUGACAAGUCGAAACCAUGUUGUCGAUGACGGAACACCUCAGUUGCGCAUGAUGAUCAUUAGCCCUUACGAGGCCAAUGGUUUGAUGUCCAAGAUACGAGAAUCACGUGUUGUCACUCUUCAUUUGUAUGCCCCACGCCAAAGCCGAGGAUUUCCCUCUUUGGAUAGACUUAGGCUACACACGGUCCCCGAUGAUGUUGUCAAAACCGAAAUACCUGAUAUAUUCCGUAUGCUGCUCAACCUGUUUUCUGGGCAGCUGUAUCUUGAAUCAUAUUCCGAGUACAAGGACCUUUGUGAAUUUUUGGGGGUGGCGUCUGUGAAAACGCCGCCCGGUCUUGUUGUCGCUGCGGAUGGAUUCAUCAAACGAGGUUUCCCGGGAGCGAAGGCAGGCUUCAGUCAGAGCCCGCUCAAAUUCCUUGAGAUUCUAAUGUCACAGAUUAGGAAAGAUUGCCAGCGGAUUGGACGGACGCAUAUUGGUAAAAUUGUCAGUGGUCAGUUGCUUUUUCCGCUCGACUUCGAAGAAUCAGCAACAGCAUCCAUAGAAGCCGGUCUUCAAAUGGCUAGUCUCGGUCCAUAA